AUUUCUGCACGCUGUUGUUAUUUACUAUUUGAUUAUUUUUUUUUGGCUAUUUCGCUCCAACGUCAAAAAUGUCAAUGUCAUUCACACGAUCGUGGCUGCUUCGACUACCUAACACGCGAUUGGCGACUAUGCGAAACGCACAACAUACCCUUCAACCCCGUCCAUGUUUCGAUCGUUAUAAUCGCCAGCGCCAGUUAAGCUCAUGCUGUCACUUGCGACAGCAACACAACAACAACACCUUUGACCAAGAUCUACUCGAGUCGAUCGAAUCCCAUCGACCCAGCGGUAUACCACGAGCCAUUAAAGACAAAAACUACCAAGCGAUAUGUUCAGCACUCGAGCAAUCGUUUACUGUCCCACAGUUACGCCUUUAUUUAAAGACACAUUGCAACAAGCGCGUGAUCGUACCCUAUAGGGCGAAAAAAGCCGACUUGUUGAGACUUAUUGUCAGCGACCAUUGGGGGUUCCCGUCGCGAGAAAUGAUCCAACAAGCCGAACUGAAGCGGAAACGUGACGCCGUCGCGAUUUAUUUCAAGACGACCAAGCCAGAAUUGUUCUUAUUCAUUAGCGAUGAAGGCGUGACGCUUCGAAAUAUCGAGCAAGCCAAUGAUGUGCAUAUCUCCAUCAUGGUGGAUGAGGGUCAAUAUGUCGUUGAAGGAUUACCGCAAAAUGUCGCCAAGGCGCAGCAAGAAAUUAAAAAGAAUUUGAAGCUUAUUCAAGAAGACGUGUCAUUGUCAUCUCAGUUGAAGCAAGGGGUCACAUUUGAAGACGUGGUUGCCAGGGUGAUGCCGAUUAUUCCCAACGUAUCCAAGCAAAGCGGAACGUAUAUUUCUACUAGCAACGACAAGUUUACAUUCACAAGCUUGUCGUACCAAUCCAUGGAUCAAGCAAAGUUGCUGAUGGCACAAGCAUUAAGUGAACUUGAUAUCACGAAAAAAAGCUCAUUAGGUGCCGCAGACUAUACCUUUGCGAACGUUACACAGCUCCAUCAACAACUCGAGUUUGUGCCAGUACAUGAUUCCCAAGCAAUGUCACUUACAAGUAAACCCUUUGGUUGGAGUCGAGUGAGAGCUCUUCCGGAUAAGAACAAUCCACACAUAUCAAGUCCAGGACAGCUUUCCUUUUAUAACAUCCUUGGAAACUGGAGCAGUAAUCAAAACGCGGCAUCUGGAACCGAUAUCAAAGCGUUGCUGAAGCAACACAUCGGCUCUGAAGAUAGCGACUCGAACGUUCAUCUGGAAGCUAGAUUCGGUGCAGUUCUUUACGAAAACCUAAAGUCGAAGACGUCACCCAUGCUUACGGCUCCUCAAAAUACCAUAUUCGAUGCUCAAGCACUCCAAAAAUACACUGCUAACACGUCCCGUAGUCGACGUAUAUUCUUUGGCAUGCAACCUCCUUCAAAUAUCACUGCACCAUUACUCCCAGUCACCAGUGACCAUGGUAUCCAUAGACGAUCUGUUGUAUUGGAAUAUGUCAACAGGAAUGAUCUGGUGAACUUGGAAAUGGCGUCUCUGUAUACACCACCACCACCUCCUCCCAGUAGUAACAACGACGCUAAUGCACUGCAUCGUGUUCGAGUCGAGUUUUUGGUUCAAGAGGAUGGUUCGCUCUUGUUGGAAAAGGCAGAAGGAGAACGAAAGCGCGCAACGAUUGAUCUGAUUGCGCUAGCAGGGUAAAAAGUCGAUGAACACGCUUAAAGUAGCACAUUCUUACUGAAUCCUUUGAUCCCUAUUCUAUAGCAACGUCGAUGUGCGGUUACUGGCCAAAACAUACAUUGCUUUCAAUGGGAAAGAUAUGGGAAAAGUACCAGAGUUUUAUUCCCAAGCAAACCUUCCCGCCUCUCUGCAUUCGCUUGUUGAUCAAUGCGAACUUACAGGGUAAAAACCGAAAAAAAAACGUUGGAUGCGGAUUGAGUCUAUUUACAUAGUGUCUCAACAUGGAUCUCCUUGAAGUCUCGUUCCGGGAUGAAGCCCGAUAUCUGGCAGAUCAGACUUUGGUGACUGUGAGCGAUAUCGAUGCACAAUAUUCACAAGCAAGGCGAACUGAACUAAUGGU